AUGCCGUCAUCAACACAAUUUUAUCUUCCAAUAAUUGAUAUUUCCGCGUUUACUGCACCUGAUGAUGAUGACGAUAUCAUUAAGAAUAAUAAGAAAAUUCAAACCGCCAAAAAAAUUCAUGAAGCUUGUCGUGAUGUUGGAUUUUUUUAUUUGACUGGACAUAAUGUACCUCAAGAAAUUUCUGAUCAAGUUUUAAAUUUGGGAAAUGAAUUUUUUCAGUUAGAUGAUAAAGAAAAAAUGAAAUUGAGUAUUGCUAAUGAAGAUAUGGCUAGAGGGUAUCAAAAGCUUGGAGAGAACGUUACAAGAUAUCAAAAAGAUUGGCAUGAGGCCCUCGAUUUUUACAAACCAAUUUCUAGUGAUCAUUACCUUGCUAAAAACAAUCUUCCAUUAAGAGGUCAAAAUCAAUGGCCAAUUUAUCCAACAGAAUUUCAACAAGUUUUCGAAAGAUAUACUGAAUACAUGAAAGAAUUAGGUUUAAAAGUUAUGAGUGCGAUCGCAUUAGGACUUGGAUUGGAGGAAAAUUAUUUUGAACAAUUUUUGGAUGAUUCAUUUUGGGUUAUGAGAGUUAUUGGAUAUCCACCAUUGAAAAGUGCGGAAAGUGCAAAUCGUGUUGGAAUUAGUUGCGGUGAACAUACAGGUAACCUAGAUUCAACCAAAGGAGCACUUCAAGUACAAACUAAAGAAGGUGAAUGGAUUAAUGCUGACCAUAUACCUGGUACCUUUGUUGUAAAUAUUGGUGAUAUGUUGAAUGUUUGGACAAAUAAUGUAUAUCAAAGUACUUUACAUAGAGUUGUUCAUAAAGGAGAUAACUAUCGAGUUUCUGUCCCAUUCUUCUAUGAACCGAAUUUCGAAGCAAAAAUUGAACCACUUCAACCAUGUUUAGAUAUUGAUCCUGUUAAACAUCAUGAACCUGUAAUAUAUGCGGAGCGUAGGACUUUAUUGUCCGGAGGACAUUAUACUUCUAUGCAUAGUACUGAUAACGAUUCUGAUCACUAA